UUUAGCGAUCGCUUUUAUCUUUGGCUGUAAAUGGUUAUUUUUGAAACGUUUUGAACUGUCAUCGUCAACAUCAUGCUUCACUAGCUAUACUGACAGGGUCAGAGUCUUGACCGAACCACUAGUAUUCAUUCCGUUUUGUCUGUUUAUGAUUAGUGGCUCCCGAAGUGCCAGUCAACUUUAUUUUUAUGAACCAUCCCAGGGAACAGGGUUUCAGCAACAAACAAAAAAAAUCUGCUCUUCUUGGGGAAAUAAAAGUCACUAAUACUACAUUGGGUUUCCAGAGGAAAUGGCUUGGUUCCACCAUGCUUUGCGAGGCUCGGGCCAGCCAGAUGCACCCACAGUGGAAGAUGUGUCCCAUACACAGGUCUCUAUGCACACCAUUACCCAGUUAGGAAUGUCUGAUGGACAAGGUUGGUCUACCCUUCCUUCGGUCUCCAUCUCAGACUUUCCCUCUGCCUCAGGAGGAAUUGUCCCCCAGCGUCUGGAAGCUCUGUCCUGCACAUCUCUCAGCAUGGGCUCUAGGCAAGACCCUGUGCCGCUGUCUUUUGUGACGCUUCAGGAGCAAAGAUGUGUGCUCAGCUGGUUUUUGGGAUGGAAUGUUGCUCAGAAGCAACGCUUUCUGGAAGAUCUGAUCUCAAAGGCUGUACCUGGAAAGGUGUCUAGUUUAUUAGACCAGCUCAAUACACUACAGGUGAACGAUCGCCCUCCCAACAUUUUUGAAUGCCAGUUAAGACUGUGGACUCAGUGGUUUGAUUCAUGGAGUGAAGAGGAGAGAAAUGCCUUUUUGAACUGCUUGGAGGAAAAGGACCCGACUUUCGUUGCGUUCUUCUAUAACCAAGUUGCUGGAACGGCAGGCAGAGAUUAAAAGUUUUCAUAAAACAAUUUUUGGUUCUUUGCCUUUUUCACUCUUGAACAUGAAAUCAAGUCUCUUAUGGACUGCUAAAGGCUUUCAGAACAGCAUAGUGACUAUUUCAGAUAUAAUGUAAAAUGUUUUUUCUAAAAUAAAACCUUUUUUCACCAUGUA